CGCGCUGGCGCACUCAGGCGGUACCACGGCCGGGCAGGACCCGGAGGGUAGUCAGGCGCCCUGCGGCGGGGAAGGACCCCGCCCGGAAGCGGGGGCUCCACAGCGGUCGCCGCCGUCUGUGGAGGAGCUGGCCUUAGAGCUCAGCCCAGAGGAGGGGAGGGCACCGGUGCUCCCCUUAGGAAAUAAAUCCCUUUCCUUCCUAAUUAAAACUGAUUACUUUGAUUGUGCUGUUAGUUACCAAUGUUGGACUCUGGCAGACGUCAUCCGUGCCAGGCGGGAGCAUCAUUUUGAGACGCUGAAUGAAAAAAAGGAAAUGGUUCAUUCUCAAAGUGAGUUCUCUGACUGCUGCUGCUCAGCCCAUACCUAAAUUACUUGCAGAUGAAGACAGCCAUGAAACUCAAAAGUGUAGAGACCUCAAGACCCAGUCUUCUUAAGUAACCUUAAGAAAGGCUUUGGUUUAUAAGCCAACGAUUAUUGCUCUCAUCCUUAAAACUUUUUUCUGUGCGUACAUCAUGAUUUCAAGGUAUUCAGUAUUAAAUCCAUUUCCUCCAAAAGCCUGCACUGCCUCUGUAGCUACUUGGUUUGCAACAUCACCCAUGAAUGCCUUUGCAAUGGAAGCAUAGUAGGUGUUCCUGCGACCAGCCUCAACACGCCACGCAGCUCUUUGAUUAAAAAGAAUGUUUACUUACCACAGCUUUCUGGUAUCUGUGACUUUAUAAGACCAAGUUCCCAAGCCCAUUUUAUGAGUGGAAGUGGAUACCGAAGGUAAAGAAAAGUCACAAAUUUUUCCAGUUGCCAGACUAUGAGAAAAGAGAAAACAAGUCUCAGUUCCUUCCAGGAUAAUCCAAACUACCAGGACCCACCUUGCUGGGCCUCUCCAGAAAUCGAAGAAGCUCAACUUCCUCUUUCUCUUGAGAUAAAACCUCCACUGAUCUCUAAUCAAUGCCUACAAUGCACGCACUUACGUCUGACAAAAUUAUUCAUAAAAUAAUGAAAAUGGAGUAGGAAGUACCAUGUAACAUAAAAUGUAUCACCAAAAGAAACGAGAAGCAUGGUGUGCUAAUUAAAUGAAGGAGGAGACGGAGCAGAUAAAUGUUCCUUAUUUGAGGAUUCUGGCUAGUCAGUUUCAAACAUCUAGCCGCUGACCCACUAAAUUUGCUUUUACAUGUAUAAUAUGCCUUGAUGAGGAUGAAUUUCUGUAGCUAAGACUACAUUCAGCUAUUUUAACAUUGUAAAAGCCAAUGUGAGACAAUUCAAAGCUAAGGCAAUGUUCUCAACAAGAAAGCUCAAGACAGACUUUAGUUAAAAAAAAGAAGAAAACCUCACAAAUAUCACACACACGGCUUUCUCUGGCCUUCCUGAGCCAGAGAAGAAAGUAAUUUUGGUUUUGAAAUACUUUUUUUUAAAAAAGACUAGAAAUCUGUUCAGAAUAAACACCUUCAUUGUAAAUUCAUACUGAACUGCAAAACAGUUGGGUUUUUUCUUAACUCUGUGAUGUGUCCUUAACUGUUAUAUUUCUUUCAAAAACUGCAAUACUUACCAAAGCUAAAGCCAGCUCCAGGUUUGCUUAUAUGUACGUUUUGAGUAGGUUUACUAGAACAUGAUCUCCAUCCAUGCCCUGCAGUGGGUCGGAGCAUCUGGUAAAGAAAGAAAAGAACAUGAGGUGUAAGAUCUUUCCAGCUCAAGUCUCAUAAAGCUACUAGCCUGACUGCAAGCACCAGUGCCCAAUGAAGCAUGAAGAACACAGGCAAUAAUAGGUAUCAACACAGUGAAAAAAAGGUUUUUUUCAUAGAAUACUGAAAACAUCUAUAAAUUAAAAGGUGAAGAAAUACAGGAACACCACUGCUAGGCAUAAAAGCGCUGAAUACUGAACUGUUAAGUGAGUGUAUUAAUAGUUCAGGGUGGUAUUUUCCAGUAGGCAAUAUACGUAAGGAUGUGGGAGACCACCUGCCUGCUCCGUCAACCUCCGUAUUGUCUGACUCAGUGGAUUCAGCGACAAGUCACCGGUAUCCAUGCUCAAACUCAAUUUCUCGUGCAUUCCACCAGCUCUGCCACCCCGGUGGAAACACCACUGUGACAGCGGCGUGCUUGUGGGUGGGGCUGAACUCCAACCCCCGGUAUCCCAAGUGUCACCUUGCAUCUCUGAGGGCCAGCUGCUCUCGCUGGUGCUGCCUUCACUGACCACCACUGUCGCAGCGCCGCUUUGGGCCGGUGGUUGUGCCCGGUUGUGCCGGGGGACAUUGCCGCUGCUUGAGGGAAGGGUGCGGCUGCCCGGCCUCCCUGACCUAGCGCCCUUCACCUUUCCCUUAAUUCAGGAGCACUCUGGAAACGGGGAGAGCAGGAAAAAUGCCAGUCCAAACACAGUACUGCCUGAGAUGCGAACCCUUCAUGCUGUCUAGUGGGAGGCUGUCAGUGGUUGACAUGGAGACCUCAUCGCCCACAGGCCCUGCCAUGGCCCAGGUCACAAGCCCUGGGGCCCAAGUGCUCAGCCCCAGGUACAGCCCCACAGCCAGGGUCAGAGCGGUUCCUGCUGCUGCUUCAAGGAUCGCCAGCCCGAGCCCUGACAACUGGAGAGGCAUCACUGAGGGUUCGGUUGUCUGUUCCUCCCCUGGGAGUGUCGUCGGCUGGGUCUGGCUCAGGCUGAAGUUGAAGAGAUCAGAAGAAGGUGAUGUGAAGAUGGCCACUAGCGACGUCCUGGUGGCUCUGGCCCGUUCCCACUUCCACUUUGUCAUGUCUGAACUCCAGAGCCACCUGAAGGCUGUGAGGAAUAUCCCUGAUGCUCCUCACCUUGAGCAAAAAGGCCCGCAGCUACGCCCUGCAGUGCAUCCCUUUUGUGGGAAUGACGCUGCUCACCCUGUGCACCAUGCUGAGCUGGGUGAGGAGUGGCCGGAUCCUGCGCGCCCUCUGCAGUGUUCUGGAACAAAGGUGAAAAGGAGUCAAUACAUACUUUGGUAACUGGGAGCAAUGCCUCUUCCCUCGCAAGGGGGUAGCACAGUUCUGUGAAGCCGCUUACCUGGUCUUCUGAUAUGCCAUGGUAAACUGGCUGGACUGCAAGGAUG